GUUCAUAUCGUUCAUUCGUACGACCGCAUCGUACCGUACGUGGGGCACAAAAGGCUGACGGUGGUCACGAGCCCGCCGAAGGUGUUCUCGACGCGGCCCAGCGUACUCCACCGGGAGUACGACUGGAUCGAGAACAAGGUGCGACCCCGCGUCGGCUAUUCCGCCACCAACCGCUACCUCAACUCCGAUUCGGCUGUGCGAAUAUAUUACUCCAGCUACCCCAUAUCUUCAAGCUACUAUACCACUCUUAGCCUCCCAAGCAGCUAUUACUACCCGAAAGCCUACAGAUGGUACUACGAUUGGCCCAGAACGUACACCUCUUACUGGCCCAGCUAUUACAGCUCGUACUGGCCCACGUACUACAGCUCCUACUACCCUAGUAGCUACUAUAGUUACUGGCCCUACAGCUACUACUCCAGCUACUGGCCCUACUACCGAUCGUGCUUGGGUAGUUUCUUCAGAAACUACUACCUCAGUUCUUCGCCUUCGCUUUACUACAGAUCGCUGGACUACCAAUUUAGCGAACUCGAAAAUAAAAUUAACAAUUUGAGCAGAAUGAUCUACCUUAAUUACCCUUACCGAACUCUCGAUUAUUACCCCGAAACAACGAGAUACUUUCGACCAUUAACCUUAUACUAUAAUUAUUAUUACCCGAUCAGAAGUCUGAACUACUAUUCUGACGUAUGGCCCUACUAUCCAUACCACAGAUACUUAUACUACAAGUACACAUUACCUUCAGACAGAUAUUACCAUCUGAAAAGCAGGAUAGUCUAUCUUCCCAGCGCUUCCAGCGGUCUGUCGUACAGGCUCUAUCCGACACCCUCGUACAUAAGAAAUAAAAUUUACAGACCCUUAGGUUUAUAUUGCGACUACUACGAACCAAUCCGAUCAUUGUACUGGAACAGCUCGUACUGGCCGCUGUACAGAUCGGUUAGUUCUUUCAGGGACGAGCUGCCUAGUGAAAGAGCAGAGCGUUUGCAAAAAAUAUUCGAUAGCGAGACGAGUCUUAUUCGCGCUCAGACCAACUCGUUACUGAGAAGGAUUCACGAUCCGGUGCCGCGUGUGUCACGUUUGAACUGGCCUCUUUCAUCAGUCUCCAGAUACUACAAUGAUAUACCCGCCAGGUAUACUAGUGACAAUUAUAUACAAAAGAUUUUAAUCACAUCACCAUACAACGCAAAAACUAGUUAUACCACUUACUACAGCGAACCAAUAAGAAAAUACAUUGGAACUGGUCAUCUAGCUAGUGUAUCAUACGCAGGCGGCAGGGCAUAUGACAGGAGACCGUACAUUUACUUGUACGAAAACCCAUUGCAGAACGACAUCCAGCUGUUGAGCUACUACAUCAACAAGUUCAAGCAGGAGAAAGCAUACAGUCCCGAUUCAUCGUCCAAAGUACCACUAUCACCUGCUCGCCCUUCGAGAAGAUUUGGACCACAGGUGGCCGAACAAGAUGAAGCCAACAAAGCAGAGAUCCAGAAACUACGUGAAGCCAGAGCAGCCAGACUGGCGUUUAUUAACGAAGAGGAAAAACGGGAAAGAGUGUCUUCUUCCAGAGACGUGGACGAAGCAGUCAGAGCCAAGAAAGAAAAGGAAGAAGCUAGGUUAGCUGAAGAAAGGGCAUUGGCUGAAGAGCAAGCUCGACAAGAAACUGUAGCCAAACAAGCUGCCAGGAAAGCUGAAAUUGCGCGACAAGAGGAGCUAGCUGCUAAAGCAGCUGCAGAAAGAGCUGCCGAAUUAGAGAAACAAGCUGAACUUGCCCGACAAGCAGAAGCUAAAAAACAGGCUGAAAUUGAAAAAAGGCGACGAGAAGAGGAAGAAGAAAAGGCACGACUAGAAGAACAGCGCAGAAUCGAAGAAGCAAACGCUGAAGAAGCCCUCCAAGCUCAACUCCGCUUAGAAGAAAUAGCACGCAAGGCAGAGGAAGAGAAAGAAGCCGACCUCGCCCGACAAGCCGAAGAGCUUGCCGAGUUAGCGAGACAAGAAGCCGAGUUGGCAGAACAGGCCAAAAUCGAAGCUGAAGAAGAAGAAAGAAAACGCCAAGAAGCCGAACUCGAAGAACUAAAACGCCAAGAAGAAGAACUGGCGGAGUUAGAAAGACAAGAAAAAGAGUUAGCCGUCGAGGCAGCACGGGCCAAGGAAGAAGCAGAGGCUGCCAAGCGCGAUGCAGAAAUCGAAGAACUUAGAAGGCAAGAAGAAGAAUUAGCCGAACUUGAACGAGCACAAGCCGAACUAGAUGCUCUUGAAGCCGAAGCUAAAGCUUUCGAAUCAGAUUUAGGACCUCCACCUGCACAAUCCAAUGAACCUGAACCUGAAGAAGUCGAAGAAGAAGAAGAAGCUCCGGCUGAGAAAGAACCCGAACCAGAACCAGUAGUUGAUGAAGCGGAAUUGGCAAGACAGGCAGAAUUAGAGGAGUUGAGACGGGAUGAAGAAGAACUCGCUGAAUUAGAAAGGGCUCAAGCAGAAUUAGACGCUUUAGAAGCGGAAGCAAAAUUGAUGGAGUCUGAUCUUGGUCCACCACCUGCGGCUGAAGAAAAUGAAUAUGACGACGAUGAACCAGAAGCUAUUGCGGAAGAUGUACCCGGGGUUCAAUCGGACGAAGAAGAAGACUAAGCAUAUUUUGUUUAAUUAAAUUAAUUUUUUAAGGUACAAGAUGGUGAAAUAUGCUUGUCUAAGUUCGCAUUUUAUGCAUUUUUUGUUAUGUACAUAAAAAUAAGUGUAUAAAUUUCAAUGUUUAUGUAUAAGAAAAUAAAGAUUUUUUUUUGUUUUGAUCCAACUCGAUA